AAUCUUGCCACCGAAAAUAUUGACGUGUACCAUUCCUCGGGCAGCGAACGGAAAGCAAGUUGUGGAGUGAAAAUUAAUAGUUUCGCUUGAAAGUGUAGCAGGGCAGUUAGUGGGUGGGAGGGGUCUGCUGUCCAUCUCCUAGCGCCACCAGGAUGAACUUCCUCAAAAGUGGCCUGCAGACUGUGCUCGGUUCACAGCAGCCGAACCAAGCACCGAGCGGUGCCGAAACGGUGGAACUGUUAGUGGAGCGAGUAACAUCGUCCACCUUGCUAGAUGACCGACGGGAUGCUUGCCGGGCGCUGAAAGCGCUGUCGAAAAAGUAUCGCAUCGAAGUGGGCAUCGGUAUGAACGCGAUGUUGCAGGUGCUCGAGACGGAUCGCACGGAUUGCGAGAUCAUUGGCUACUGCUUGGACACGCUGUGCCAUGUGACGUCACCGGAGCAGUUCGACGAGGAGCAGGACAAUCCGAACGUGACGGCUAACAUCGGUGAACAGUUUACGGAAAUUUUCAUCAAGAACUCCGACAACGUGUGCCUGGUGCUGGGCUGCCUGGAGGAGUACGACUUCCGUGUGCGGUGGGCAGCGAUCAAGCUGCUCACCAAUCUGCUCGCUAACCGACCAAAGGAAAUACAGGAGAUAGUGCUCGUCAGCCCGAUGGGCGUGUCGAAGAUGAUGGAUUUGCUGAUCGACAGCCGGGAGGUGAUACGGAACGAUGCGCUGCUGCUGAUGAUACAGCUGACCAAGGGAAACGGUAACAUACAGAAGAUUGUUGCGUUCGAGAAUGCGUUCGAUCGGUUGCUGGACGUGAUCAAGGAGGAAGGUUGCUCGGACGGUGGUAUCGUGGUGGAGGACUGCCUCAUACUGAUGCUGAACCUGCUGAAGAACAAUCCCAGCAACCAGCAGUUCUUCAAGGAAGGAUCGUACAUUCAAAGGUUGGCUCCGAUGCUGGAGCUGUCCACUGACCAAGACCAAGCGGGGAUGAGCCCACAGAAGGUUUCCAAUCUGCACUGUAUGCUGCAGGUGGUAAGGGCGCUUGUGUGUCCCAGCAAUCCCCAGCAGGUCAUCAGCUCAUGCCAGAAAGCGAUCCGAAGUUCCGGAUUGCUGUCCGCAAUCUGCAACAUCAUCAUGGCGAGCGGUGUGCCGCCGGAUUUGCUGAUCGAGACGAUCAACACGAUCGCGGAGGUGAUCCGGGGCGAUGGGCAAAAUCAGGAUUAUUUCAACUCGUUCGUUGCACCGUGCGAUCCACCCCUGUCGGCCAUCGUGCUGCUGCUAAUGUCGAUGGUGAACGAGAAGCAACCGCUCUCGUUGCGCUGUGCCGUACUCUACUGCUUCCAGAGCUAUCUGUAUCGCAACGAAAGUGGCCAAACAUCGCUCGUCAAAACUCUGCUCCAGUCUUCGGAGCAAUCGACCGCCAUCACCAGCGGCCAGCUGCUCUGCCGCAGUCUGUUCAGUACGGACCCGCUGUCGAACUGGUUUGCGGCCGUCUCGAUGAGCCACGCGCUGCUGGAAAACCCGGCCCAGAAGGAGCAGCUGCUGCGUGUGGUGCUGGCCACCUCGCACACCAGCAAGCCGGUCUCGCUGCUGGAACAGUGCAACCAGCUGCUCCAGCAGGCGCACUGCAAAUUCCAGAGCAAGGUCGGUCUGCUGAUGCUGCUGUCCGUGUGGUUGAGCCACUGUCAGCUAGCGGUACGUACAUUCCUCUCCAUCCCGGGCACGGUCGCCUACCUGACCGGGCAAAUAUCCGCCAACGAGCACGGCGACAACGAGUAUCUGGUGCAGGGCCUGUGCGCCUUCCUGAUGGGCAUCUGCAUCCAGUUCAACGAUAACAGCGUGCAGGAGCAUCAGCGCGAGUUCCUCUGCCAGCUGCUGGUGAAACGCAUCGGGCUCGACACGUACAACAAAAAGCUGGGCGAGGUGUCCAAGCACGAAAACUACAGCAAAUCGGCCAAACAGCCGCAGAUACGCAUUGCGGCCACCACCGAUCUGCUGUUGGAUUAUGAGUUCUGCCGCCUGUUUAAAGCGCUCGAAGCGGUCAUCACGAAAACGGUGAACGGGUUCAGUUCCGGGGGAGAAAACAUCACCGAGCUUACCCUCAGCCAGGAAGCGUCCGGUCUGGUGGCACAGUACAAAGACAUCAUCCGGGAGCAGGAUGCGCGGCUACAGUCGCUCCAGCAGCAACUCGCGCACACCGAAGCGAAGCUGCACGAGCUAACCGGUGCGCUGGACCAAUCGCAAACCAGCAACCGCCAGCUGCAGGAUCAAAACAUACUUCUCAAGGCACAGCUCCAGGCAGCGUCCGACCUGCGUCAGCAAACCCUUUCCUCCUCGGCCUCUUCCCCGCUCCACCUGCUGCCGGCACAGGGCGAUCGGCAGGAAGCGCUCGAGAAGCGGCUUUCCCUGCUGACGCUCGAACAGCAGACGGAUCGUUCGAAGAUCGCCUACUACGAGUCGGAAAACAGUCGCCUACUGAGUGAGCUGGAGCAGCUGCGAAUGCGUGUUGCGGCGGCCGAAAGCAAAGCGAACGAGUCCGGCACCGAGCUGGACAAGCUGCGCAAGGACCAGGAAGAUCUGCUGGAGCUGCUGACCGAUCAGGAGAGCAAGAUGCAACGCUACCGGAUGGAGCUGAAGCGGGCGACCGGCCAAUCGUUCGACGAGGACGACGACGAGGACGAUGAGCUGCGAGCGAUCGAGGCAAACGAUGGCGAGAGCGGCAAGGAAACCGAUUCCACCAAUCCUACCACCACCACCACGACCAACACCUCCUCCAACUAUCCGGGAGGAUUUGUGUGUUAACUAGCGCCAUAAUCGGUUUUGGCGUUCUUUCGUAUUAUUUUCGCUUCUAAAUAGCCCCCUCCGUCGCACACACAUACACUUUGGCCAAUGCAAUAUAGCGCGCCAAUAGAGCUGCUUUUCGAUCACAAACAAAUCGCGAGAGGUUCUGGGUUUUUUUGCUACACUUCUUCGACAUGAUUUUACCCGUAACGCGCGAUAGAGGCCCGGCUCAACAACUAUUCAUCUGCCCUUGUUUAUGUUUUAAGUCAUGUUAGCGUGUUCUUCAAGUUUAGUAAAGUGAAUGAAUAAAAUGUCACUAAGGCAAAUAAUUAUUUGUAUGCAAAA